AUGUCGGACCUCUUCGUCGAGUUGACUGCCCCCAACGGGCGCAAGUACACCCAGCCGAUCGGGCUGUUCAUUAACAAUGAAUUCGUCAAGUCGAAGUCUGGCGAGAAGAUCACGUCCAUAAACCCGACGGACGAGUCGGAAAUUACGUCUGUGUACGCUGCCGGAGCCGACGAUGUCGAUGUGGCUGUCAAGGCCGCUCGCAAGGCCCUCAAGGACCCGUCCUGGAAGCAGCUGCCUCCGACAGACCGAGGCCAGCUGAUGCUGAAGCUCGCAGACCUGGUCGAGCAGCACCGGGAGACUCUGGCCACCAUUGAAACCUGGGACAAUGGUAAGCCUUACUCCGUCGCUCUGAGCGAAGAUCUCAGUGAGGUCAUUACCACAUUACGGUACUAUGCGGGCUGGGCGGACAAGACCUUUGGCCAGACGAUCAGCACGACACCGGCGAAAUUUGCGUAUACUCUGCGUCAACCGAUCGGAGUCGUGGGCCAGAUCAUCCCCUGGAACUAUCCUCUUGCCAUGGCUGCCUGGAAGCUGGGCCCUGCGCUGGCGUGUGGAAACACGGUGGUCUUGAAGGCUGCGGAGCAGACGCCUCUCAGUGUUCUGUACUUCGCCAAUCUGAUCAAGGAGGCUGGCUUCCCUCCCGGGGUCGUCAACAUCCUCAAUGGUCUUGGACGUGUAGCCGGCGCUGCGAUUGUCAACCACCCAGAUAUCGACAAAGUCGCCUUCACGGGUUCUACGGCCACAGGUCGUGAAAUCAUGAAGAUGGCGGCGUCUACUCUGAAGAACAUUACUCUCGAAACAGGUGGAAAGUCGCCUCUGCUGGUCUUUGAGGACGCGGACCUCGAACAGGCCGCCAAAUGGGCCCACAUUGGUAUCAUGUCGAACCAGGGCCAGAUCUGCACGGCCACGUCGCGCAUUCUGGUCCAGGAAAGCAUCUACGACAAGUUUGUUGCGCUGUUCAAGGACGUGGUAGCCACGACCAGCAAGGUCGGAGAUCCUUUCAACGACGAGACUUUCCAGGGCCCGCAAGUCACCAAGGCGCAGUACGAGCGUGUGCUCUCCUACAUCGAGAGCGGCAAAUCCGAAGGCGCUACUCUCGUCGCCGGUGGAGAGCCAUACAAGAACGUGGGCGAUGGCAAGGGCUUCUUCAUUGCGCCUACCAUCUUCACCAACGUCAAGGACCACAUGCGGAUCUACCGCGAGGAGAUCUUCGGUCCUUUCGUCGUCAUCACCUCCUUCAAGACCGAGGAGGAGGCCAUUGCCAAGGCGAACGACACCACGUACGGCCUGGGCGCGGCCGUGUUCACGCGGGACAUCGAACGCGGCCACCGCGUGGCGGCCGAGAUCGAGUCCGGCAUGGUGUGGAUCAACAGCAGCAACGACAGCGACCCGCGCGUGCCGUUUGGCGGCGUCAAGCAGAGCGGUAUCGGACGGGAACUGGGCGAGGCGGGCUUGGAGGCCUACACCCAGAUCAAGGCCGUCCAUGUCAACAUGGGUACGAAGCUGUAA